UUCUGCCAUUUUUUCCACCACACCUUCUCUCUUCUCUUCCCUUCUCUUCUCUUUGCUUUAUGUUAUCCAAUUUUCCAAUUUCUCCUUUCUUUCCUUUACCAAAUUUCAUGCUCUCAUAUUUUUCUGUUGGCUGAGACAAAAUCCUAAUUGGGUUCAUGCUCUUAACCUCUGUUUCUGCUCACAAUUUUUGCAGAAACCGUGCCAAAGUUUGUACCUUUUUUGCACCAUCUUACCUUUUUUUCUUCCCUUUCAGCAUAAUUGACAAUUGGGUCUUUGGAGAAUUGCGAGAAAGCCAUGGCGCCAGCUCCAAUUGAGUCGACAUUGCCCGAAUCGUCGUCUGCGAGCUCCCCCUAUGUUCCUGAGAGAUCUGAAGCUGAGAAUCGUCGUUUCAAAGACCUUAGAAGUGUGCAAUGGCGCAUAAAUCUUGGGAUUUUGCCCUCUUCUUCUUCUUCUUCCAUUGAUGAUCUUCGUCGGGUCACAGCUGAUUCUAGAAGGAGAUAUGCUGGACUGAGAAGGCGCCUUCUGGUUGAUCCACAUCCCAAAAAGGAUGGGAGUAGUUCCCCUGAUCUUUCCAUAGACAAUCCGCUGUCACAAAACCCAGAUAGCACAUGGGGUCGUUUCUUUCGAAAUGCUGAGCUGGAGAAAAUGGUUGACCAGGACUUAUCACGUUUAUACCCAGAACAUGGGAGCUACUUCCAAACACCAGGAUGCCAAGGAAUGUUGAGAAGAAUUUUGUUAUUGUGGUGUCUUAGACAUCCAGAGUGUGGUUACAGACAAGGAAUGCAUGAACUCUUGGCUCCUCUAUUAUAUGUUCUUCAUUUUGAUGUGGAGCAUCUAUCUCAAGUGCGAAAUCUAUAUGAAGAUCACUUCACUGAUAAAUUUGAUGGUCUAUCAUUUCAUGAAAAUGAUCUCACUUAUAAUUUUGAGUUCAAAAACUCUCCUGAUUCCAUGGAAAAUGAGAAUGGCUCAUACGGAAAUGCAUUUAAACUUAAGAGUCUUGAUGAGCUUGAUCCUGAGAUACAGACCAUUGUUAUGCUUAGUGAUGCUUAUGGUGCUGAAGGUGAAUUGGGUAUUAUCUUGUCCGAGAAAUUUAUGGAACAUGAUGCGUACUGUAUGUUUGAUGCUCUAAUGAGUGGGGCCCAUGGUUCAGUUUCUAUGGCAGAGUUCUUCUCUCCCUCCCCUGCUGUUGGAUCCCAUACUAGCUUACCUCCUGUCAUUGAAGCAUCUGCUUCGUUGUAUUAUUUGCUUUCUCUUGUUGAUUCAUCUCUACACAGCCACCUUGUUGAGCUUGGUGUUGAACCCCAGUAUUUUGCUCUCCGCUGGUUACGGGUUUUAUUUGGACGUGAGUUUUCACUUGCAGAUCUAUUGAUAAUUUGGGAUGAAAUAUUUGCAUCUGAUAAUAGUAAAUUAGACAAAGGUUCUGAAGAUGACGCAGCAUCCAGCUUUGGCAUACUUAGUACACCUCGAGGAGCAUUUAUAUCAGCCAUGGCAGUUUCAAUGUUACUCUAUUUGAGAUCUUCCCUUCUUGCCUCCGAAAAUGCUACGUUAUGUCUUCAGAGAUUGUUAAAUUUUCCUGAGAAAAUAGAUUUGAAGAAGCUGAUACAAAAGGCGAAGUCUUUGCAGGAUCUUGCUUUGAAGAACAAUAGUUCAUCCUUAUUAUUUUCAUACAUUGGGCCCUAUGAACAUAGUAAAUCAAUGGCUGUGAGAGGUCAUAGCCUCUCAGUUGAUUCUUUUUCUCCAAAAACACCACUAAAUCUGGUACCUGAAAGCUACUGGGAAGAGAAAUGGAGAGUUCUGCACAGGGAGGAAGAACUUAGGCAAGAUGGUUUGGAAAAACAGGUUCCAAGCCAGAAAAAGCGAUGGACAGAAAAAGUAAAAUUGAGCCUAUCUAGAACAGAAUCCGACCCAUCUCCAUCAAAACCUGAGAAUGGCAAAAAGAACCCCAGGUUUUCUGUUCGACGAAGGUUGCUGCAAGACCUUUCUCGAGAACUUAGCUCAGAGGAAGAUGGUGAGAAAUUGGGUUCUCACGAAGACGAACUCUCUUCAGAAGUUGAGGUCAACAAAGAAGAUGGUUUCAGUAAGGACCCUACUUCUGCCACUGAGAACAGAUGUUUGAAUGAAAAUCCAGCUAGUGAAGAAAAUUCAUCUGUUUUCUCAGACCUAACAAGUCCUCGUAGUGGGGCUAAUGAUCAUGAACCAGAAUCAGAGAAAAGUAGUGUUGGAUCAAAUUUGUCAGUUGAUGAAAAUUAUGAUAAUUCACGGGAUGUAUCGGAAGACCCACCUCUUCUGGUUUCUGAUCCUUCCAAAGGUGUCUCUCAAACAUCUGAAUGCAACAAUCAUUCAACGGGAAAUUCAGUGACAGGAAAGGAACGAAAGCUUCUUUCUGGUAAAUUCCCGAGGUUUUGGAAGUUUGGAUGGAAUGCACCUGGUGAAGGGACAUCUGAGAAAGGACACAACGCCCUUGAGGCUACAAAAUCUUCCAGUUGUGAAGGUAAUCAGGACACAACAAGCUCUUCCGUGGCUGAGGGGUCCUGCAAUUAUUUAGUUAGCUCCAAAGGAGAAGCUGUUGACCAGAAUGUGAUGGGUACUCUAAGAAAUCUUGGGCACUCUAUGCUUGAACAUAUUCAGGUAAUCGAGUCUGUUUUCCAGCAAGAUCGGGGUGUUCAGGUUGGGCCAUUGGAGAAUUUUUCAAAAAACACUUUAGUUGGCAAAGGACAAGUUACAGCCGUGACAGCUUUGAAGGAGCUUCGGAAGAUCAGCAAUCUUUUGUCAGAAAUGUGAGGUGUGCAUUAUUUAUAGAUACCUGUAUAUACAUUUUGUAAUUAAUCUAUUCAUUUAGUGCCAAAAUAAAUCUAGUUUUAUCCACAUUUUUUCUCAUUUGGUAACCUGAGUUUCGGCAGUGGGAGAGACAGAUGUGUAAAUAUGAGUUUCUGUAAUAAUCUUAUGAAUUUAAAUCUAUUAUAAGGAGUGUAAUUUCAGUGAAUUUUGGCUACACACAUGGCUUCUCAUCAGAGACAUAUGGGUUAGUGGAGUGAUUAUAUUUCACAAAAUUAAAGGAAUUUUGUGGCAAAGCCAAAGAAAAAGGAUAACGAAAAGAAGCAAACCUGUCGCUUUACUCCAUCCUCAGAAAACCUAGAGGAAAUGCUGAAUCCGGGAAAAAUUUAUGCAAGAAAUUGCGAGUUGAACUGUGGAGAAGUUGGUAACAAGAGCUUGCCAAAGAUAGCAGAAUUAAACUGUCUUUGAGCAUGGUUGUGGAAUAAUAGUGGUGGAAUUCUCACAUUUAAUCAAUAAGAACAUCUAUUUGCAGCUUCUCUGUA